AUGGAUACGCAGGCUAACAAAAAAAUCACAACAUCACAUUUAUUGCCCAAUGAAAUAUGGCUGCAAGUUCUCAGUAACUUAUCGCAUGGAGAUUCAUUACAGACCAAGCUAGUGUGUAAACGCUGGUGCCGAUUAGUUGAUGAGCUUCGCCUAAAGCGAAAAUCAAAAUUGAUGAUUACCGGGAAAAACUUAAAACAACUUUACAAACUUACAGAGCAUCAGGAUUUGAAAUACGCAAGCGUAGAAAUAGAUGAUAGGGGAAAUAAUUCUAUCAGUGACAUCGAUUGCGGCUUUUUAAUCAAGAUUUUCAAACGCAUAGGAUCUUAUAUCGUUGAGCUGAAAGUUUAUAAUCUCUCAAUUCUCUCGGAGCUUAAAAUUCUUUUACCUAAUUUGAAGGAAUUAAAUUUGUCACAGAGCCUUUCAUACAAAAGCGCACCCAUGGAUUUAAACACAUUCUCAAACCUUAAGUCAUUGUCGAUGCCUAUGAAUGGCGACAAACAACAAUCUGAAUUAUUGCCGAGUUUGACAGAAGUGACUGGGAUGCGAUUAGAAAAAUUAUGCAUAACUAUUAAAAGUAAUAUUGGCGAGUGUUUGAACGUGUUAGCAGCGCAUGCAUCCUCAUUGCGUUGGCUUGAGCUCAGUCUUUCUUCGAGAAAUAUAGACUGGAGAUGGCAACAUCAAUUGCAAGAGACUUUUAGUAAAUUUACUCAACUGGAGGUGUUAAACUUGAGGCACGUUUACGAUAGCGAAUCAAUAAGAUUUAUUUUAAAAACACUUUCAAGACGAAAUCGCCUUAAAACAUUAAUUUUAAGUGUUUUCUGUGAUUAUUUGGAGUUAAUUCUCCGAAAGUGGUCCGACUCUUUAGAAUGUCUGGACUUUGUGUGCUUAAACGUUACACCGUGCAGAGCGAGAAAAUUAAAAUUGAUGAGCGAUAGAUUGCGUAGCUUAAGUUUGAAUGCCUUUGGAUUAGCCGAUUUAGAUCUCCUUUACAUUAUAACUCCAAAAGUCAAUGAAAAAUUAACUGCAUUGGAGUUGAGUUCCUCGCAACUGGCUGGAGACAUGUUCUGUACUCUUGUGCAACGUGUGCCUAACUUGAUCACGCUCAAUUUAAAAAAGCAUUGGUCAAACAUAACUGAUAUUGAAAUGGUUUGCAUAUUUGGUCAUCUCAGGCAUUUACGGCAUCUUUUCCUACAGCCAUGCGUCAGCGAAAAUGAUAUAAAAUAUCUUUGCUCGAAACCUAACAUCAGCAAUCUAACAGAGCUUGAAACACUUCAAUCAUGCUUAUGCCCUUUGAAAGUCAUUCAUAUUAUAAAUUCAAAUAUUGAAUUUAAAGCAUUGCAAAAACUCGACAUUUUCGGUUGUAACCGAACUAGAAAGCUCUCCUUUCCUGAAUUCGUAAAAAUCAGCGAACACUUCCCCGCUCUUGAAAAACUACGCAUUUUUAAUUUAGAUUGCGGCGCUCGUAAUGAAGAAAUGCGUGCCUGUUUUCCCCGUUUACGUAAACUAAAAUACGAUAGAGGUUUUUAA